AUGUCAGGACACUGCGUCACCCUUGCUGCCAACUCUCCCUACUUUGAUGGUGACAAAUCAAAAUACCUGGGCUUUGUGGACUCGUGCACCACUUACAUUGGGGCUUAUUGUUUAGAAUUCUUGGAGAACACAACCAAGAUCUUCUUUGUCCUCUUCUACCUCUGUAAUGAGGGCAGCACAAGUUGCGCCGCCUCAAGAUGGGCAAUGAACUGGAAAAAUCACAACUUUGAGGGCUUCCAGGGGCUGAAGAAAGGAGUCAUGGCAAAAAGUUUCUUGGAAGAACUUCAGAGGCUCGUUGGGGAAUCCAAUGCGGACCAAGCAGCUGCUGCUUGGCUCAUAGCCCAGCAACAAAACAAGUGGUCCUUUGCGGACUAUAUCUCUGACUUUGAAAUGUUGGCUGUGAAUGCAGGAUACAACGUGGUCACAACCACUGAUAGCAAGGGUAAGUACAAGAAGGGGGACCUGGACAACAUCCUCAUCAAGUUUCUUGAGUGCGGACUCAGCAGCAAGAUUGCCAGCCACCUCUACAACACUGGUGUCCCUUUGCCCAAGGUGUAUGGUGCCUUCAAGGACUGCUGCAAUUGCAACAUCAUCUGCUACAACUGUCAGCAGCCUGGGCACAUCGCGCGGAACUGUCCAGAGCCAAGAAAGAAGUGCAUGUUCUUCAAUCGGGCCAUGAUGCUUGAAGAGAUCGAGAAUGGGGACAAGGACAACAAGUUCCUCAAAGAGAUCACCAAGAAGCUGCACAAGAAGGGUUUUUGA